UCUCUCUCUUUCUUUCUCCAUCAAAUUUCUAACAUGCAUACAUCUUUCAGAUUUUUAUAUCACUGAAUGUGCAUUUUUUGUUAUUGUUUUUCUAUUUUCUUGUCUGUACUCGAAUUCGAUGCCGGGGGAGGUAGAAGAGUACCUAAAGACGAGAGACGGAUGACUCUCUUGAGAGGUGUCUCCUCAUUAGAACAUCAUAUUUCUUGUUUUUUUCUUCAAAAAAAAUUCUUUCGAACGUGGGGUCACAAUCAAGACUAUGUUAGUUUGAUCUGUUAUUUGUCUCAGAAUGCUCAGUAUUUCAUUUAUUGGAUACUAGAUUUCCUGAAUUUCAAUUUGUCGGACCUAACUGGGCUUUAGGGGUUGGUGUAAAGGUGAAGCAGAAGCGAGGACGAUCCAGGGCGCACCUGAUGGUGCCUCGAGACAGUUGGCUUGUUAAUUGAAUUUAGUUAAUUCUGCUCCAAUGAUGUUCAUCUUGUGAUUAAUUUAUAAUUAGUCGAUUAUGUCCCUUUCGACAAACAUAAAGAAGUCCAGCACUAGCAGGCUCUUGUAUUUUUCCCUUUGAAUAUCAUGUGUAUUAUGAGGAUUAGAAUGUGACUUGUUAAUAGUUUGGUCCCAGAAACAAGUUGAUCUAUGUGGGGAAAAAAAAUGGUCUAUUUUUCCCUUUGAAUAUCCUGUGUAUUAAAGAAGCUCAUCUAUUUUCGAGGAAGUUGAUCUAUGUUAAAAAAAUUGUCCUGCCAAAACAAGCCCACCCUUUCUUCAUCUGUCGGGAUAUCUUUAUGCCUGGUCCCUGGAGGCGAUUGAAGUGGUUCCCUCAAUUUGUAUGUCUCCGUGCUUUGAUUAUUUGUGUGCAUUCAUAUUAAAUCCUAAUAUCAAAUCAUGUUAACGCUGGGCAUGUUGGUGAAAGUUUUGAUUGUUCUAUUCAUUUGAAAGAUAUGCCAUCAUAGUAUAAGCCGUCUCAAGAAAAGUCUUCAUUUUGACAAACACAGUGUUGGAAAAACUUCCAUUAGCUCCAACUUAUUAUUGUUAAGAAAUCUGUUGCUCUACCUGCUUUGAUGGGCUGCUUUCAUUCUAAACACCUACGACAAAUCCCAGGUUACGAGGACCCUACUAUUCUUGCAUCCGAGACACCUUUCACAGUAAGUGAAGUUGAGGCAUUGUAUGAACUAUUUAAGAAAAUUAGCAGCUCAAUAAUCGAUGAUGGUCUCAUUCACAAGGAAGAGUUCCAGCUAGCACUCUUUAGAAACAGAAACAGGAGAAAUCUGUUUGCAGACAGGAUAUUUGAUUUGUUUGAUUACAAACGUAAUGGAGUGAUUGAAUUUGGAGAAUUCGUUCGAUCAUUAGGUGUGUUUCACCCUAAUGCACCAACGGCCGACAAAGUUACAUUUGCGUUUAGAUUGUAUGAUCUAAGGCACACUGGUUAUAUUGAGAGAGAAGAGUUGUACGAGAUGGUAUUGGCACUGUUGAACGAAUCUGAUCUGGCACUUUCAGAUGAUGUGGUUGAAAUGAUUGUUGACAAGACAUUCAGUGAUGCUGAUACAAAAGGUGAUGGAAGGAUUGAUCUAGAUGAAUGGAAAGAAUUUGUAUCAAAAAAUCCAUCUCUUAUAAAGAAUAUGACUCUUCCAUAUCUAAAGGAUAUAACAUUAGCAUUUCCUAGUUUCGUGCUGAACACAGAAGUGGAAGACUCAGAUAUGUGAUGUCAUGGUUUGGCCAAAAUGUUUUACCAAGAGUCGUCUACUGAUCUUCAAAAGCAACAUCCUGUUACAAGAAAAAGAUUCAGUUGAUACAUUAAGAAGAAAUUGCAGCAAUAAAGAAUAGAAGAAUUGAGUAAAAUCUUCGUCCAGUUCUCAUGUCAAUUUUAGAUGCUGGUUCUCGCAAUAUUGCUGCAAAUCAAGUGUAUAAAAGCAAAGGCUAGCAUGCUUAUAUUAGAUAAAUAGAUGAGUUUGUCUAGCUUUCGAGAUAGCAGUAGUUUCUACUGUUCGAUUAUGUUCGUAGGGAAUUUUGUGCUCGUGUUUGUUUUAUAUAAUAAUUGGCCAUCGACAUUUUUUGUUCCGUGUUACACGUUGUAAAAGGACGCUCUUUGUACUUUUUGAAUGAGGCUCAUGAUAUUGUAGAGGAUUUAUUUUUCAGUGUACAAAAUUUAUAGUUUGAUCACAAAUAAAACUAUUUACAACUAA